AUGUCAGUCUUGCGAUCACAGCCUACUUCUGUCGUACCGCUACACCUCAUAACUCCUGCCAGUCGCAACACAGAAUUAGAGCCAUCGCUGUCGCACUCUGCAGUAAUUGAGCGGCACAAUAACCUCUCGGCUCCGAAUUCAAAUUCGAACUCGAACCCUGAUUCGAAUCAUCGAAUAAAAAAAGAUAGCAACAACCACACUAGCUACCACUCUUCCUCGAAUUCAGAAUCUAACAUGGAGAGCCCUCGUUUGUCUGAUGGCGAAUCCUCUACUCCAACCUCUAUUGAAGAGUUAAAUCCGACGAUAAAUAAUACGAGGCUGGUAAAAAGAAAUUACUCGAUAUCGAUCGACCCUUUACAUAAUAACAACAUCGACGACGAUCAUCCUAAUACGAUAACUUCACCACAGCCAAACGCUAGUAAUAACAAGGAAUUCCAGAAGUACACUUUUCCUGAAGAAAACGACUCCAAAAAGGUAACGGCUCCCUCGUUAAAUUCAAACAACUAUUUAGAUAAUUCCAGUCUUGUUCACACUGAUUCGUACAUUCAAGACUUAAAUGAUGACCAUAUUUUACUGAAUAAGCGUGUUUCUAGAAGAUCUUCCAAAAUAUCUGCAGUAACAGCGACGUCCACAACAAUAAAACAAAGAAGAAAUACUCAAGAUUCGAACCUACCCAACAUUCCUUUCCACGCUUCCAAACAUUCUCAAAUAUUACCUAUGGACGAUUCCGAUUUAAUAAAACUGGCCAACACAGAUACCAAUGCGAAGCCUAAUACUGCCCCUAGAGUUAACCAUUCAAUGACUUCGCUGCCCAUUCACCCGCUACCACAACCUUCCCAAAAAUCAAAGCAAUAUCCAACGAUAUCUAAAUCUACCACCUCUUUACCUCCAGCAAAUGAUCAUUACUACCAACACAAUCAUAACAAUAAUCAGAAUCAACCCGUCACUACUGCUACCAAUACGGCCUUGAAAAGAUCAGAGUCUGCUACCGCAGAAAUUAAAAAAAUGAGACAGUCUUUGUUGCAUAAAAGAGAAAUGAAGAGGAAAAGGAAGACUUUCCUGGUUGAUGAUGACCGUGUUUUGAUCGGCAACAAAGUUAGCGAGGGUCACGUCAACUUUAUCAUAGCUUAUAAUAUGUUAACUGGUAUCCGUGUUGCGGUGUCACGUUGUUCAGGUAUAAUGAAGCCCUUAACCCCUGGGGAUUUCAGAUUCACCAAGAAAUUGGCUUUCGAUUACCAUGGCAAUGAAUUGACUCCCUCUUCUCAAUACGCCUUCAAGUUUAAGGACUAUUGCCCGGAAGUGUUCAGAGAAUUACGUGCAUUGUUUGGUCUGGACCCCGCAGACUAUUUGGUGUCCUUGACUUCCAAAUAUAUUCUGAGUGAAUUAAACUCACCGGGAAAAAGUGGUUCUUUUUUCUACUAUUCUAGAGACUACAAAUACAUUAUCAAGACGAUUCAUCAUUCCGAACACAUCCAUUUGAGGAAGCAUAUUCAAGAAUACUACAAUCAUGUAAAGGAUAAUCCAAACACUUUAAUUUGUCAAUUCUAUGGGCUGCAUAGAGUGAAAAUGCCCAUAUCAUUUCAAAACAAAAUCAAACAUCGGAAAAUCUACUUCUUAGUUAUGAAUAACUUAUUCCCACCACAUUUGGAUAUUCAUACUACUUUCGAUUUGAAGGGCUCCACGUGGGGUCGCUCAACUAGCAUAGAUAAGGAAAGAUUGGCAAAAGAUAGAGCUUAUAGACCAGUAAUGAAAGAUUUAAAUUGGCUUGAAGAAGGCCAAAAAAUCAAAUUCGGUCCAUUGAAGAAGAAAGCUUUCUUAAUUCAACUGAAAAAAGACGUAGAACUAUUAGCUAAGUUGAAUACGAUGGAUUAUUCCUUGUUAAUCGGAAUACAUGACAUCAGUAAAGCCAAAGAAGACGAUUUACAGUUUCCCGACACUGCAUCCAUUGAGGAGCAGGCGCAAACACAAGGGCCCAUGAGAUCUGGUACUGGAACAGUGGUACGGCAUUUUUUCAGAGAAUUUGAAGGUGGGAUUCGUGCAUCUGAUCAAUUUAACAAUGACCUAGACUUGAUAUAUUACGUGGGCAUAAUCGAUUUCUUGACAAAUUAUUCGGUGAUGAAGAAAUUAGAAACCUUUUGGAGAAGUUUGCGCCAUGACACUAAACUGGUUAGUGCUAUUCCACCAAGAGACUACGCUAAUAGAUUUUAUGAGUUCAUAGAAGAUUCUGUGGAUCCUCUACCUCAAAAGAGAAAUCAAUCAUCUGCGUAUAAAGACAAUCCUAAUCAAAAAAAUUAUAAAGAUUGA